UAAUAUGUUAACACAGGAGGAUCUAUCAGCAUUGCCAAUGCAGCUGCACUGCUGGGGUCCCUGGGGGCAGGGAGACCACUCUAUAGAGGUAAGUGCAUAACUGUGGGGCUGGGUUACACACAGAUGCAAGCUUUCUCUUUAAAGCAGGCUUUCCCAGGUGACUGCUGGGACUUAGUCUGGUGCAGAAUUCCCUUGGGUACCCAUCUGCAGUGUGUGCAGGGAGUUCCACGAUGGUGCAGGUGUCCCAGUAAUGCCAAAAAUGUGACUGUGAUUUGCAUAAGAAUGAGAGGGAAUGAGCCUGUGGCAGGGAGUUGAGAGAAACCUCGGUCACACCCAGCCUGAUACUACCUGUUCCCCUCCCCCUGCUAUAGAAAAGCCUCAGCAGGUGAGCCUGCACUUCACUCUACUCUGCAGCAGCGAGCGGGACACUGGCACCUCCACCCCCUGAGACUGGCACCUGCUGGGGGUCUCAGCCUGAACCUGGCAUGCACACGGCACAGUACUGUAUGAAGUCUGAACUUAUUGUAAAUAUGGGGAGGCCUUGGAAUGGAACUGACAUGGAGUACAGGCCAGCAGUGAUUCCAGCCAGAACCAGCAGAGGGAGCCCAUGAGCCUGAAAGUGCUGCAGAGGGAUUGUGCUGCAAAACCAACAUGGCUGCUGGAAAGGCUGGAGGGCCAGCAGAGCUGGAGGAGGACUGCAAACUACUGGAAGAAUCUAUUGCUGAGGAAACUUGAGGGGGAAUGAAGGUGCUGUACCUGCAGACAAGGCAAGGAGAGAGGCUCCUGUUUCUACCCUGGGCAACCUCGCCAGUGCUUCAGGUGCGGCUCCAAACCACAUCUGGCCAGUGACUGUGAGAUGAAAGUGUGUGCGCUGUGUGGGGCCCAGGGCCACGUCAGCAAAGAGUGCAGCAAGAUCCAGUGUAACCUGUGUGGUACCUUGGGCCACACACACCGUGAAUGCCCAGAUGCCUGGCAUAAUAUCACCAAGGCUUUCCCACGGUAGAGGAGGAACUCUUCCAGCUAGUAACGGAGCAGGGAAGGACAGAGAAGCCAAUGGAAUCAGGUAAUGAUGCAGAAGCAGGAGAAGUGAGGGAAGGAGAUAGGGAGGAAAGUCAGAAAGACAAAGCAGAGAGUUCCCCCAAGAGAAUGCACCCCAAAGUUAAGGCAAGUUGGGAGAAGCAAGAGGGUUGGUAGGAAAGGCAGGGAAGAAGGCUGGGAAGGUCCUUUUUGACAACAGCAUUAAGCUGUCCAACAGAUACAGUAUGUGCUACUGCUACUCCAUGGUAAGAGCUGGGGGGAAGUGGCAGAAGAGGAGGAGGAGAUGAGAAGGAUGGAAAGGAAGGAACAGGAAAGGCAAAAUGCAAAAGAAAGGGGGAUGAAAGGGAGAAAAAGUAGGAAGAUCAGGAGCAACAAGAAGUUAAGGGAAAGUAAAGGAAAGUCACGCUAACAAUCUACAACCCCAGGAAGAGGCAAUAACUGAAGAACUUCUUUUCCUGGAAGAAGAUGGAGAUUUUCAAGAAAUUAGAGUGAAGAGAUACAGUGGGGAAGGGGAAGAUGUUCAGGGCAAAUCCCUUAAAGCCUCAGAAAGUCUGAGGUGCAGGUGCUUCUAAUGUUGGGUAAUUAAUCAGCAUUUAAGGUUCAUGUGAUGUGAGACAUCACUGGGAAAGUAUAAAGCACAGUAACUGUCACUGUAUAGAGAAGUUUGUGAAUUCCUCUCCGUCACAGCAGCUCACACUCACGGUCCUCCCAUACUUGGUGUUGUAUGGUAUCAGCUCUCAGCAUCGAGGAACCAGCAGUUUUAGGAAGUGUAGCUUCUGUAGCUGUUGAUUGGUAUAAGAGAUGUACGAUACAGACUCUCCAUAUAAGAGCUAAGGGUUCUCUACAUACUUGAAGCCACGAUUGUAUGGUCAUGUUGAACAUGUCGGAAAAUACUACCACACAAUGCAAAGGCUACACGCACCCCCAUUUCUUCCAUGUUGUCCUGAGCUUCAUCUUCUCCAUUGGGUUCCUGAUGAACUGCAUCAGUCUGUGGAUCUUCUGGUUCCGUAUCAAGCAAUGGAAUCCCUCCAUCAUCCUCCAGUUCAACUUGGCCAUUUCCGAUGCCAUCCUCUCCCCAUUGGCCCCACUCUUUGUUAUGUACACAUCCACUGACCACUGGCGUUUUGGGAACCCGCUGUGCAAGAUGACAGCGUUCUUACUCAGCACUCACAUGUACGGGGGGAUCUAUCUCCUCACCCUCAUCGCUCUCCACCGAUACUUUACCAUCGUCCAUCAUCAAAAGAGGCACGUGUGGGGGAGAAAGCCCUUCAUCUCCAAACUUUGCCUAGUGGUCUGGGGCUGCCUCUUCCUCCAGGGGCUUCCGUUCUUUUUUGUUUUGAACACAUCUGAUAUUGCUGGAGCCACAAAAUGUCUCAAUAUCCACCAAUCGGAAAAUGUGGUCCUGUACUUCAUCUGGAACUGGCUGAUAAUGAUCAUUGGACUCAUGGUUCCUUUUCUGGUAACAAUUGUGUGCUACGGCCUCCUAUGCCAGUACUUUCUCAAUGCCAACACCAUCAAACCAUUGACUCAAACCAUGAUAUCCAAGUCCAUCCUGACCAUAGGCAUCUCCCUGGCCAUAUUUGUCCUUUGUUACAUCCCUGUUCACCUAACAAGAACAGUGCUUGUCACUGCCAAGCUCUUUGCCCCAGAGUCUUGCCCUCUGCUGGAAAGAACAGAGCAAGCCUAUGGCUUCACGUGGCUUCUGUCCACAUUAAACUGCUGCAUGGACCCCAUACUCUACUGCUUUGCCUCCAAGCGAUUCAGGAGAAUAAUCAGCAAGUGGUUCUUCUCUCUUCCCUGUGCUAAGAAUCAUAGGCCAAUCACCGAGGGUAGUGGUCAGCAGGAAGGUUCAGCAUUGGAUGGGCAAGAUAAGAGGACCCCAAUGACUAACACCCUUGAUGAAGAUAAAGUAAAGGAUUCAAAUUCUGGUUCUGUUCUGUGAACUUCAUUAUGUCCAUGCCAUUGGCCAUGCAAUAUAUAGGCAUCUUUGUAUGGGUUUAUUGCCCCCCCCCAAGUAUUUAUCUAGGUACAGAGAUCUGGGUAUAUUCCUGCUCCUGGGAGCUCUGUACUUUGAGGUACUGGAUUCAUGUACCCAGGAGGAGAUGGAGCUAAAACAAAGUGGCCGAAAUUAUAUCACAAGUGGACCUUAAGUUUUAAAGAAGAUUCUGAUAUGUAUCUGGUGGGUUAUACACAGAGGAGGCUGAGAACAGAUGUUAUAAAAAUAUACAAAAGGAGAAGUAACACUCUGCUGCAGUAAUUGCCACUAUUUGCAAGGUGUGGCCCCGGAAAGUAGAGUGUGAAGCAACUGAUCACAGAGAUAUCAAAUGACUGGCAGUGUGAGUGCUGUAUGUCCUGUAGCCAUAGCUCAAAAUCAGCCUGACGCUGCCACCUAGUGACAGGUACUGAGAAUGACACUGCUUUAUACAAACAGGGACCUCUAUACCAAGGGAGCUACAGAAGUCCUUCCUACUGGCCAACUAGGGCUGACAUAAUAAGCUUCAGAGCCACUCAAAUCACUUCUCAGCUCAAGAAAAUGAAGCCUAGGUAGCCCUGUACAUAUCACAUACCUGUAUAUACUGUAUGUACAAUGUCACAUAUACAGUACAUACACUAGGCUUACUGCUUCUACCCAGACCAGGCAGGCACAUCAGUUUUGACUGGGACAGACUAGAGCAGGGGUGCCCAUACUUUAGUAAUGUGAGGUCUACUUUUAGUGAUGUUGUCCCAUUAUGAUCUACAUCCAUAAUAGCAUUGUUAGCAUUUUGUAUUACUUAAAUAUUAUAUUGAUUUAU